GCAUCCGAUGUCUGUUUAAGUCCGCUAGCUGUCCUAACACAAAACUCUCGUCCUUCAAAGCGAAGAGCGAAGAUGUCGAGCGAAGCGAAGGAGACCGUGUGCGUGACCGGCGGUAGCGGGUUCAUCGGGUCCUGGAUCAUCCGCUUCCUCCUCGACCGCGGCUACACCGUCCACGCCACCGUCAAAAAUCUCAGCGACGCCGGCGAGACGAAGCACCUGGAAACCCUAGAAUGGGCUGCGGCCGACCGCCUCCGCCUCUUCCAGAUCGACUCCUCGACCCGGCCUCAUCGCCGCCGCCGUGAGCGCGCCGCCGGCGUGAUCCACGUGGCGUCCCCCUGCAUCGUUGACCGCGUCGACGAUCCCGAUCGCCAGCUCCUCGAUCCCGUCAAGGGGACCAUCAACGUCCGCGCGGCGAAGGACGCCGGUGCCAAGAGAGUCGUGGUGACGUCAUCGAUCUCGGCGAUUAUUCCGAGCCCUAACUGGCCUGCCGAUGUCAUCAAGAACGAAGAGUGCUGGGCCGAUGAGGAUUACUGCAGAAAGAAUGGGAUUUGGUACCCGUUGUCGAAGACGCUGGCGGAGAAGGCAGCGUGGGAGUUUGCGGAGAAGGAGAAAGGGAUGGAGGUGGUGGUGGUGAAUCCGGGGACGGUGAUGGGGCCUGUAAUCCCGCCGGCUCUGAAUGCCAGCAUGCUCAUGCUUCUUCGCCUUCUUCAAGGCUGCACUGAGGUUUAUGAAAAUUUUUAUAUGGGUUCUGUUCAUGUCAAAGAUGUUGCAUUGGCUCACAUUCUAGUCUAUGAAAAUCCAUCAGCAUCAGGGAGGCACUUGUGUUGUGAAGCCAUUGCUCACUUUGGUGACUUUGCUAACAAAGUAGCUGAACUUUACCCGGAAUACAAAAUACCUCAAUUCCAAAAGGACACUCAGCCUGGUCUACUGAGGGCUAAAGAUCCAUCGAAGAAAUUGAUCGAUUUGGGCAUGAGCUUCAUCCCUAUGGAGGAUAUCAUUAAGGACUCAGUUGAGAGCUUGAAGAGCAAGGGCUACAUAUGAAAUGUUUCUGGAGCUGAAUCAAAUAUUGCUUGCCACACCGUUGUCUAAUUUUAUGUAUGUAGGCAAUCGAGUAUUGUUUUCUGUUGUAUCCUAGAGCUUGGUGUCUGUAUGUUAAGAUAACCUAUUGAGCGCAUGCCGAAAGAUACGAAAGAGAAUAAGUGGCAGCAGUGUACUCAACGAGAAACUGGCUUGUAUUGAAUUAGUUUUAUAUGCAUAGUUGGUUGUUCUUGCCAUUUUGCAACUUACUUUAAA